UAUUGUUUUUUUAUAAUUGGAUAUUCCCCAUUAUCUCAUUAUUCUCUACAUUAUUGUAGUCUUCUUUACUAUAGAAAGAAGCUCUGGUCUGAGGUCUGCUGACACUAGAGGGUGUAUUGAGGCAAUUUCACAGAGGAGCACAAACAAAUGCACCAUUUGAAUUAUGCAGUAUGUAAUAUGAUAUACUUUGCAUGUAAAUAUAAACAGAAAAUCUCAAGUCUUCAUUUACUGUUCCAGUGUUUUAUAUUUCUAUGGGAAAUCAAAGGAGUCGUCACUGCAGUCUGAAUGUUCAGAUCGUGCCUUGUACCACGUGAUCUUCAGCCACCAAUCAGCUUUUUGCCCGACUGGUGCGUUUGAUGUUGACUCCCUCUCGUGCCUGUCUGUUACCUGCUUUAACUCCUCAAUGGCUAUUACAGAAGUGGCUUGUCUGCGGGCACAGAAGGUGUAGAAACCAAACGCCUGGGCUCCAUGACGGCAGCUCCUGGACAGCAGAAUCUGUGCAUGUUCCUCACCUGAAACGUUAUUUUUCUGCCCAUUGUAGCAGCUGUUCCUGCGGAAUAAAUACAAGGUUUUAAGGAAUAGGAGACCAUCUUACAUUCAGGGUAAUUAAACAGCUAAUGCGAGCAACUGAUGUAAAGUAUAAACCGUUUUAUCAUCUCCUCCUCCCUAAAUGACAGGGAGGCUUCACAGCCCAGAGGAAGACGUAGAUUGGCUCAUAGAUCUGCAGCUCGUUUGUGUCAGUCAAAUAAGCAGCAACUGAUGGCGACCAGUGCCAAGAGACCAUCCCUGCAGGGUCCUAUCCCCCCUCCCCGCAAGAAGACGAGCCCCAAACCAGAGCUGACCGAGGAGCAGAAGCAGGAGAUCCGGGAGGCGUUUGAGCUGUUUGACACUGAUGGAUCCGGAUUCAUAGAUGUCAAGGAGCUUAAGGUUGCCAUGAGAGCUCUGGGGUUUGAACCAAAGAAGGAGGAGAUCAAGAAGAUGAUUGGUGACGUGGAUAAGGAUGGCACAGGGAAGAUCUCCUUUGCUGACUUUCUCGCUGUCAUGACACAGAAAAUGGCUGAGAAGGACUCUAAAGAGGAGAUCCUGAAAGCUUUCCGCCUAUUCGAUGACGAUGAGACGGGCAGGAUCUCAUUCAAGAAUCUUAAGAGAGUAGCCAAAGAGCUGGGAGAGAACCUCACAGAUGAAGAGCUGCAGGAGAUGAUAGAUGAAGCAGACAGGGAUGGAGAUGGAGAGGUGAACCAGCAGGAGUUCCUGCGCAUCAUGAAGAAAACCUGCCUGUACUGAGGGCAGUGCAUGACACUAGGGUUGAUGGCGUCGAGGGGACCAGCGGUGGUUUCACAUGUAAUGCUGCUCAUACAUCUAAUUUCCCUUUCCUUAUUAUUGUGUCGUGCCAUACAUUUCCAAUUAUAAUGAGUCAAUCAAAAGGUUUAACUGUCACUGAGAGGAAGGUGUUGUGGUCAAAUGCCAAAUUAUCCUCCUUUGAUUUACAUGAUACUCGACAUUACAUUUGCCAAAAACAGCAAGAGAAUACUCUCUCUCUCUCUCUCUUUUGGAAUGCUGCAUACUUUUAUGAAGGAUACAUUGAUGAUAUUAACGAUUAUAUGUAGGUUAUAUUUUAUGUCAAGAAAUUCUCAGUGCCUACGUCAAUAUGGUGACAAAAACAGUACAUUCCAAUGCUUUGAUCGAUGAUACAGUGUGUGCGUUAAGUUUCUUCCAUCUGUAGAUUGUUUGGUUUAUACUGGUAACAGCAGUGUUUCAUGUUAUGGCUCCUGUAACCGCUGACGACUGGGGAGCUCUGUCUCAUCUCAGUGGAUCUGUGCCUGUGCCUCUUAAAAAAGGGGCGAUCCCACUAUCUUUAACAUAUGAUUGUGUAUGUAUUUUUCUCGUAGCAUUGAGUAUUUAUUCCUCUGUUGUGUUUGACUUCUCUGUAUUAUUGAAUGUUUUGUAUGAUAUGUAGUUACUUAAAUUAGUAGAUAUACAGCAUAUAUGUGUUUAAGGUACAAAUUAAAUAUCUUGAAGCAGUCCGUCCUGUCUCUCGACCAAUCAGAUUGCAGGGCCGGAACUAACUGUUGUAUAAUUGUCAUUAUCAUAAGCACC